CCUUCGCGCCAUUCCCCCGCGGCAGAUGCACGAAGGUCAAAAGUAUUUUAAAAAUAAGGCCGUAGGCAUUGGCAGAUUGGUAUGGCAGUGGACGUUAAGGGUCGGGUGGCGUUGUAAUGGCAAAAAGUUUGCGAGAGGGUCGGGAUUGGAGAUAGACAAGAUGGACCAGCAGUAUUGUCUACGGUGGAACAAUCAUCCAGCCAACCUCACAGAUGUCCUCAGCUCACUGCUUGCUAGAGAGGCACUUUGUGACGUGACCCUGGCAUGUGUUGGAGAGACAUUCAAGGCGCACCAGACCAUACUAUCUGCAUGCAGUCCAUAUUUUGAGAGCAUUUUCAUACAAAACACCCAUCCCCAUCCAAUUAUAUUCCUGAAAGAUGUCAAUGAUACAGAGAUGAAAGCAUUGCUGCACUUUAUGUAUAAGGGCGAAGUUAACGUUAGUCAGCAUCUGCUACCGAUGUUCCUUAAAACAGCGGAGGCAUUGCAGAUCAGAGGCCUCACUGAUAAUAGUGUAAAUAACAAGACGGAAGAAAAGAGUCCAUCACCAGAGCCAGAAACACAAACUGGAGUCAGACAUACCGAUUCGCCUAAUCUCCAAUCUCAUCCUGAGAAAAGGAAAAGAAAGCAUUCAGGCAGCUACGAUGUUUCCCUUUCUGGCCCACCUAGUGAAAGAUUCUUAUCCGAUUCUCAGACAUCUUCGCAGUGUAGUUACAAAUCAAGUCCUCCUGUAAUUCCAAAGUUAAAUAAUGCUCUGGGAGUUGAGAUGGAAGAUGGUGGUCGACCCAUGUCCCCUGCUUCACAACCACAGGCUUCCAUAAAACAAGAGGUGGAUCAUCACUUACCGGACUUUCAUGACAAUAUUUCCCUCCCUGGUCAUCCAGUUGGAUUGAUGGGAGAAGAUGGAGGGGCCACGGCAGGGGCGCUCAGUGAUGGUAUUCAGGGGAUCGAAUCAUCCGAGCACCAUAAUCCCCCGGAAAUGCUAGACGGACUUGAUGGUCGGAUUGAAUCAUGUUGAACUGCACUUGCAGGCCUACCUCUUUGGCUGAGAGAUCACGCACCGAUUGACUUUUAUUAUUAUUUUUUAUUUUUUUUAAUUUUUUUUUUAGCCUUGUUCAUUUCUUUAUGACUUCUAUGUGACGCGUUAGACGACGAAUAGUUCGCCGCCAAUGUGCAUCUCAAACAUCUAUUAAUUAUAAUUGCUGAAUGUUCCACGCGUGUUAUCGCAAAAAUUGAUAAUAGCUUUCAUCAGACAUUUUUUAUAUUUUUUAUAAAUCGUUUUAUUUCUGCGGGGCUAUAUCUUAAAAUUGUGAAAUUUGUGAGAUUAAUUAAUGAAUUAAAUUUCUACACAAAAGAUAUAAAGUUUAAUUCUGUGAUUGGAAAUUAGUAUUAUCUUAUAAUCCGUCAGGGAUUGAUUAUAAUUUUGGACUCGGCAAUUUAAUACAAUUUAAUACAAAUAAUACGAGAUCUCUUUCAUACAGAGCGAGAGAGAAAAUUUCAACGCGAAAGAAACAAAAUCUAGGGAAGAACAAGAGAGGAAAUAAUUUUUACUAACAACGCCGAUUUUUUUCAGCUAUUCCGUCCUCGAAAACAGGGGUAUUCAAACUUGACGCCAUAAAAAAAUAUAAAAAUCUAUUAAAAUAAUAUUAAUGAACUUAUUGCGACUGUAUUUUUAAUUAAUCAUUAAAAUUCAAAAAACCAAUAUUUUUUUCAAUAAAAAAGAAUUCUUGUUAUUUCUAACUAAAAGAAUAAUUGACGUUGAGCUUUUUAAUAGAGACUAUUGUAUAGAACUGUUAAAAUCGUUAAAACUGCGAGAAUAUUAAUUAACGAUGUAAAAAUUUUUUCUAAAUUCUCGAAUCGAAAGGUCUCUGAAAGAACUGCUCGAUCAACUUUUUGUUAGCAAGGCGCUGUUUGAAAGCCCCUGUAUCAACGUCAGCGUGAUAUUUUUCCGCAUGUUUCCACGAUGCUCUCGAUACGUCAAACUCGUAUAAACGAUGAGCGACAGCUAUAGACGGCAGUGUGGUUUUCGGCCGCGGAUUUCGGCGCAUACAUGAUUCUCUUUUUCCCUCUUGGUCCCUUGGCACCCUAUACGGUGCAUUGCGAGCUCCCUUCACAGAGAGAGAGAAGGAGAGGGAGAGAAAGAGAGCGGGACGGACGAUGCUCGUGGACGGGAUCGAUGUUUCAUCGUGCGCGCGAAAUUAUGGCCCAGCCAGCAGUAGAGUUGAGAGACGCGCGGUUAUACUUAAUUGGUUGACCGCGACAAAGUUUAACACCAGAGUUUGCUUUUCAUCUUUCGUCCUAAUAUUGCGAAAGUCAACUCCGUCGCCGCUGUCGCACUAUCGUCAUUAGAAGUAGUGUAGUCGUUGUUUGCCAUCCGGCGGCUUGCAGAGGGACUCCACCCUCGCGGAACUUCCGCUUUUGUCGCUUGCACGAGUGAACGUUGCAAGAUGUCGAACGAGCGAAAUCAUUCUCGCAGCAUCAAUGUACAUACACUUUUGGACAUACAUUUUUAAUUUUUUUAAAUGAAAUAGCUGAUCGUUGGAGUUCUCGUGUGUUGCGCAAUUAUGCAGAUCGAUGUGAGAAGUCACGCGAUACGCUAAUAAUGAAUGAAUGAUAUUGAUCGACGAGUUAUUGCGUGAUUGUUACAAUUUUGUUUCUUAACGCGCAGUAACAUUAAAUCGUGACUUCAUAUCUUGUCAAAUUAUUCAUUCGUAAAAUUUUUUUUUAUCAUUACAACAGAUCUAAUCGUGCAGUUUAUAUAAAUGAAAUGAUUACAUAUGAUAAAUCAUUAAUUGUUACAAAGUCAGCCGCGCGAAUCUACAAGUAUAAUAUUAUAGUGUAACGUGAAUAAUGUGUAAUAUUGAAAUAACACUUGAUUUUGCAUCGCGCAAUAUUUACAUAAACAAUGAUAUAUUAACACGGUUAUUACACGAUUAUUAUUCAACAACAAUUCGCGAUUCGAUAUACUUUCGUCCAUCCUCUAUUUAUAUACGCGAUUGGACGUUCGUCGACGCACGGCUGCUGUCAAUUUCCAAAAUUAUUCAUACACGCAUUGUCAAAUGGCCGCAAAUCUACAAAGCAUCCGACAACCGGGAUACACAAAUGAUACUUUAUAUACGCGCACGUACAGUUUUACACGUAAAAGGAUUGUCAUAUCGCAUAAUGUCAACGACGAUUCGCGAGGAUGAUUUUCUCCGUUAUCGAUGAUUGAAAAAUCGCUGUGCAAAGAGAUUCUAUGCAAUUAAUUUGAAUUGAAUUAAAAUUUGAUAAGAAAUCAAAAUAUGUAUACAAUCAAAUUCUGAAAUUUCUUUUUUUUUAGGUCUUUAAAGCUUUAUAUAUAAAUUCUCUUUAAUACUUUUAGACUUAAAAAUUUUCUUUGAAUUUCUGAGAUUACCAAGUUUCUUAUAAAUUAUCUUUUCUUGUAGUUUUUCUCUGUGUUAGUCCUUUCAAAAUUAUUCAUGCACGAGUCCUAGUUGCUGAUGUAAUUUCAUGUUUCAUCAUGAACCGGAAAUCUGACGCGCGCUUUCACGCCCGUAUCGAUCGACUAACUCUCACGACGAUCGGGAGCGCUCACCGAUUACAUGCAUACACACGAAACAUGAUGUUCGGCAUGCUACGUAUUCCAAAUAUUUGCGGAUAAAUAGCUGAGUGAAUUGCCGCAAUUCGGAACCAAAUGGGAGGCGAAACGCAGUUUUACCCGAGAGCAUCGUGAAAACAUGUGAACCAGUGUCUUUCAAACUUUUCCAUACAAGAUUUCUCCGGAAUGUAUAAUUUUGAGUUUUAGAUAUCGUAUCCUCGAUUAUGGCAUGAUCAUAAUUUUUGGUUAUUGUUUUAUUUGGAUCUCGGAAAAUCUGAAAAUUUUAGCAAUCGGAUAUUUUUCUCGUGGAGAUAGUUACAGAAAUUAUGUUAUAUUGCUACUCGAAGUUGGAAGAAAAAGAUACAAUUGUUUUUUUAAAAAUAUAAAUUAGUGAUGUAGAAAACAAAAAUAUAUUUAAUAUUCAUUUUUUAAUAAAAAAAAUUUAUAUUUUAUUUACUUAUAAAAAUAUGUAAAACUGUGAGUUUUAAAGUUGAAUAAGUACAUUGAUACUCGUUGCGAUUUAUUUUUUUUUAUCUUAUGGCAUUCGAAUUUAUUUUAAAUAUUGUAAAGGGGAGGGAAAAAAUUGUACGGGAAAUCCGGGUUUGAAAAACACUACGAGAACGCCGAUCCCCUUUCGAGGACGCGUAAAUAUGCGAGCAAAAUCGAGAAACAACCGCGAAUAAAGUCCCCGUCGACUAGGAGACGUAAUCGGCGCGGAUUGUUCCGUCUGCGCGUUGAAACCAGAUGAAUGAACUUUCCGCCACCCAUUCCUCUCCCCAUGUGUGUGCGCGCGCGCGGAAGGCAAUACACGUGUGGAAUACACCACUCAAGGUUUUUCGUUACCAUCAUCGCGCUUUCGCGAUUCCCCCCUCCCCCCCCCUCCCAUGUGUUGCAUUAUCGCGUCCGUGUUCGCGGACUAAUUUAUUCGCGGCGCUUUAUAUAUCCGGCAUUCGUCGACGUCGACGCGCGAUUUGCUUUAUGAUUUCACCUUCUCCCCUCUUUGGUGUCACUUCUCCCUUUAUGUCGUAUCCUCUUUCACGAUUUUGCAUUCUGCCACAUAAAAUCCGACGGGGAUGUGGCGACGACCAAAUUUUAAAAAAUCUGCCAGGCAGAUUUAAAUCUGAAGUUGAUGGUAAAGGGGGCUCACUCUCCGAAUGAGAUAAUAAUUUAGUCAUGUUCUGAUAUGGAUCAUUCCGAGCGCAAAGCGUUAACGAAUUAAAGAUGUUUUUAAAUUGAUCAUUAUAAUGAGUUAUCGUUAGAUUUUUGAAUUAUUGAUUUUUCAAAAAAGGGAAAGUAUCUCGAAUCUUGGCACGUUACGCAUUGCGAAAUUUCUUUCGUUUUUGUUCAGAUCGGGGUACGAGCAUCGCGACAUCACUCCAAAAGCCAUUAGGAAAUUAAAACGCGGUAAAAAGUAAAAUUCACCACGAAUUCGUUGCCAAGUACGUGCGCGAUGGAAAAACACAGUUGCCAAGCUGUUGCAAGCCGAGCAACAAAGGGAAUUGCAAAAGUACCGUCAUAGGCGUCGACAUUUCGAAUAAAACAAAUCCCCGAUAAAAAGCUAACUUAAAACGCGCCAUCUAAUAAAAGAAUAUAAAUUUCGUCAAAUCCUUCGAGCAAAUGUUACGAGCCAAAUAAAUCGAUGAUGCUCAUCAUCGCGACGUCAAAAUCGAAAGCUUGUUAUGGAGUGCGAGUAAAUGGAAAAUAAUUCUAUUAUUCAUUUUAGAAGCAGUUCGCGGUCAGUUCGUGUUGUUCUCAAUAUAUUCCAAGAUUUCGACAUACUUUCCGUUAACAAAUAACUGUCCUUUGGAAUACGCGCGCUGACUGGUUAUUCGACGCGACAAGACGUCGUAUUUCGUUUCGGACGGUUCUCGGGAAACCCGGUGCUUUUCUAUGUCCCGUCGCCACCGCUGGCGCCGUGCGGUGCACCAUCGACAUGUGAUUCUCGAAAAAGAAGGUCCCGGGGAAAAGCCCGUCGCGAACGAUAAGCGUUAUGGAAGAGCGCGAGGCAAUAACCUUUGGCGGAAAGUUUAUUUUCCUGGGAGUGACGUGACGCGCGCGCGAGAAAACGAACAAGACAGAUUUCUAUAAAGGUCUUCUUUUUCCAAAUCCCGUGACUUUUGUACGAUAUACCGCUCUCGCAGAAUUUCCUCUUUUUAUCUACGAACUACUAUAUAUAUAUAUAUAUAUAUAGACGGCCGAAACUUUUCGCUUUUCGUUUUUUUGCGAGCAGAGCAUUGGGGCGAACGAAAUCAUGAGAAGAACUUGUAUACAGGGUGUUUGUGUGUAUAUUCUGAAACAACAUUAUAUAUAUAUAUACAUAUACAUCACUAGCACGGAUGCAUCUUUCUUGUCUAUAUUUCUCUCGUCGCUAUUUCUGAGGGAAGAGUAAUUUUAAGAAUAUUUAAGAAUAUAAACACACGAAGUCACCAAAAUAAUUCUUAACGUUCAAUCAUGCAAGUGUCAACUUUUAUAAAUGUUCGUAUAUAUUUCAUAUGCAGUGUGUCAAAGAUUCUAACAAUUUUAGGCUCUAAAUGUGCGAAACAACCUCUCUAUGUGUAUAUAUAUAUAUAUAUAUAUAUAUAUAUAUAUAUAUAUAUACACAUUAUUUUAACUAAUCUUUAUAUAUAGAAUAUAUUAUAGCUAAGAGACGGGCGAGGUCCAAGAAAGGAAAAUCCUGCUAGUGAUUUAUAUCUCCGUUAGAAUUACUUUACACGUGUAAAAGUUCGCAUAUAUGUCCAAUCGUAUAUGUAUUCGUGCACGGAUAGCCAAAAUACGCGUACACACAUGCGACACAUGAAAAAUAGUAGGAGAGGAAUAUAUGCAGGGUUGGGGAGAGUGGGUGAAAGAGAGAGAGAGAGAAAUACUCGGCACACAAUUUUACAAAAUAAUAUUGAAUCGGCCUGCGUGCCGCGUUUAACUCGGCCGCGGGUCACCUGGCUGUUAUAUAUGAAAUCUUUUAUUAAUUAAACGAAAAUUACUACGAUAUAUAUAUAUUACUAUUAUUAUCACUACUGCUGCUACUAUUGCUAUUACUAUUACUACUAUUGCUAUCACUACUAUUACUACUACUACCACAAUUACUAUUAUUACUAUAUAUAGGUAUUUAUAUAUUUACAACUGCGUGGUAUGGAGUGGAACAUUGUGAUAUAAUAGAUUGGUGCUAACACCUUAUUGAAAUUGAGAUAAAUUUAAUGAAAAAUAAAAAAAAUUGUGCAAUAUAUAUUGCGAUAGUAAAAAAUGCGGGGCAUGGUGUUGUCGCGCGGUGGACGAGUUGCGUUCUCCGAAUACUUUGAGUGGCGGGAACGGGCGGGCAAGGACGAACGAGUGGAUAAUGUUUCUCUUGAGUUUUCAAAAUCCUCGAAUUGCGCCCCGGAAAUUCAUUCGAUUCGAGCGGUGGUGGGCGCGCUUGGUUGAGUAACGCUCGAAUUUCGACCGCGCGAUCAGCGGAAUGCGAUGGGGCUCGAACGAACGGUGGUGCCGAAUUAUUCGGGAUCGAUUGCUCGGCCUUUCAACACACGCUCGUGGAAUGAAAUCGAUCAGGAAGGAUCAGAUUGCACAGACAUAUCAAGUACUUAAAGAAAUUUAAUUCUUUCACACUUAACUUUUAGUCUUCCGUAAAGAGAUUCUGCGAGAGGCUUUGCAUCGGGCGACAAAUUCUUGAAACUUCAAUUAUUAUUAGAUCAUUAGAUUUCAUUCUUCUCAAUGCUUUGCAAAUUAUGAUCCUUCGAUUAAAUAUUAUGCAUCGAUGUUCGUGCUUCUACUCAACCAACGCGCCUCAAUCUCAGCUGUGCUGACGAUGGGGCUUUGAGCUGUCCUCAGGAUUGCGUGGAUCGUGGGCUGGCAAUCGAGGAGACGUUCUAAACGAUUGAAUGCGAGAAAAACGAAGAAAGAAACUAUGGCUGUGCAAGUGAACAUUAUGAAUGUAGUUAAAUAGGCGUUACCUAGGGAAUUAGGCUUAGCUGAUAGGAUAAGGGGCGCGUUUAGGCGUUAUGUUGUUUUUUGUUUUUUUUUUUUUUUUGCCACCAAGCGACAACACCCCCUGCCCCCUUUGUACAUUAUUAAACUAAAUAAAAAAAAAGUACUAUUAUUAAUAUCUCUUUAUAUAAUAAUAUAUAUACAAAUUACGGAUUAACUAUGGAUAUAUAUGUAUAUACACACACAUGAUAUAUGUAUAUAUAUCUAUCUUCAUAUAUAUAUAUAUAUAUAUAUAUAUAUAUAUAUAUAUAUAUAUAUACAUUUUGUUAUUUUUCUCGGGGGAUGAAUAAACUGUAAUAAUUGUAAAUCAUAACACAAUAUAUAGGGGAUCAGUGUUCCCCGCGAGAAUACUGAACGUGUUCUACUCAUUAAAAAAAAAAAAUAAAAUAUGAUUCGGCGCGACUGUCAGACUGAAAGUUGUGAUUUUACACGGCGCGCGUGUAAAUAUAGAAAACGAGCCUCUAAAAGUAGAUUCGAUCUUAUGAACGAACGGCGAGAGGAAAAAAAUCGUUAUCCGCAUUGCAUUUUUCGCAUGUUGUAUGCGAGGAUGAGUACGAACGCAUAUAAAAGAGAGAAAGAGAGAGAGAGAGUGAAAGAAAGAGGAAGUGCGAAAGAAGAAGCGAAAGAUUGAGUGUGCUCGAGAACGAGUGAGGGAGAUAGGGAGAGAAAAUGCGUGCAUGCGUGUGUUGAGGAAAAAAAAGGAACCAAAUCGCGAUCAACAUCUUUCCUUUUUUUUUUCCUAACAUGUCGUCUCGUUCCUUUUCCGACACACGUCAAAGAAAAAUAUGCAUCACCGUUCUAUCGCGCUCAACACACUAAAGAAAGCUCAAAUGUCUGUAAAUUUACACGGGAGCUGAUUCGAUCGAAGGAAUCGUAAUCGAUAUCGGAAUCGUGAUCGCAAAUCUUUCAUCAACGUGUGUGUAUCAAUCUUUUUUUUUUUCUCGUGACAUUGUUUGUCUCGGAUCUGCCCGCUUUCACUCCCUUUUAUUCUCCUCUUUUCGCCAAACUUUGAUUUCGACUCCUUAUUUCCGAUCUUUCCUUUCCUUUCACCGUUGUCACUCGUUUCGAAGAUUCGAAAGCUUUCCGACAGUGCAGAUACUUACGGGGACACUAUAUAUCGUAUAUAAAAGCGAUCAAUCGAUUAACACUCGGAUAAAAAGGAAGCAAAACCCGCUCGACUUGAAGCGUAUGUUUAGGAAUGAAAUCUAUAAACGUGAAAAAACAAGCGUUUCGAUUGCACGAUCAUCGUCAUCGUUGUCGUCAUUGUCGUCUUUCUAGACUGGAAACGAUGGCGAAUGCGACGAUCGUCGAUAGCGUCGAAGCGGCGGGUUGCUUGAGAAAGUUGAUAUAUUUUUUUGUUACACAUAUAAACUGUGGUCAUUUGGCUCGAAACAUACAAUAGGCAAUAUUUAGCAAAGAAAAGGAGAAAAUGAGAAAUUCGCAGAGGAACUUCUGACCAUGCCAAUCGAGGGAAUAAAAUAUUUAAGGCGUUAAUCGGUUUUAUUACGAGAAAUUAUUCUUACUACUAUUUUUCUCUUAUUGUUAUAUUAUGAUUGUAUUUUUAUCCUUAUGAUUAUUCUAACAUAAAGUCUCUUAUGUUUACACAACUACAUUAUUAUAUACAUCUUUAAUUCUAGUGUAGAUAAUACGGAUGAUAAUGCUGAUGAUGAUAAUGAUGAUAUGAUGAUAAACAAAAAAAAAAAAAAAUGGAGAAUUAAUCACAUGUGCAUUUAAUGUAUUUCAUACUAAUUUUUUGAUUAAACAUAAUUGUGUGUUAA